GGGAUCCAUCAUUACUUCGAUGGCCUUGUAGCGAGGUAAGAAGGUGAAAUGUUUGGAUGAAUUUUCUUCGCGGCAGACAGGACACAGGUCUCGUGACCAAAAUCGUAAAUGUAAUAGUACUGUUUGGCGGAAGCUUCUUUCACUUAUCUUGCGGUCCUUUCUUUUGCAGGCAUGAAGGAAUUCUCGCCAUUUUGGUUACAGACAGAGACGGAGUUCCUCUAGUGAAAGGUUAAAGUCAAUUAAUUUGCUUGUUGAUACUGAAAGAUCGAUAUAGCACAUCAAGUGCAGUUUCUACAGCAGGUUUCAGUUGCUCAAAGUGUUAGAAAUAGUAUCAUGGCGCGGGACCAAGGCUGUAGCCAGAUGAAAUUCUCACCAAGAAAGUUUAAAAGACAAAAAUAUCUAUAACCUUUUUAGCAACAUAUUUUUCCACAAGGCACUCCUAGGUGCAGAUAUGCGCGCAGGUCCUAGAUUGGAACCUCGAUAUAACGAAGGGCUAAGGCAAAAUGCGUUAGCUAUACCGAGGUUUCGUUAUAUCGAGGUUCUUUUCCAUAUAUUUUACUAUUACUGGGUUAAGGAAGAUUGUUCGUUAUACCCAGGACUUCAUUAUAUCGAGGUUCGUUAUAUCAAAGUUCCACAGUAUCCUCCAAAGAAACUCUUUUGCAGAAACGCCUCCUCCCCACCCCCAACCCCACAUAAAAACAAAUCAGCCCAUUCCCUAAACUAGGUAUACCUAUCGAUAGAGUGCCAACGAGCAAAUCAUGCGUAUUUUUCAUAGGAUGGAUUCCUUUUUUCCAACAUUUGACAGUUUCUUGGUCCCUUCCUGUUGAAAGGAUUAUUUUCUUGAAACUGAGGUGCUAUGCGAGUAUAAAGGUUCAGAGAAGAGUCAGUCUUCAGACUCCUGUGGCUUUACGAACCUGCUCUAUAAAAGUUUGAAGUGUCAUUUUGAAAGAAUAAAACAGCUUGCAGAGGAAGCGAUCGGUAAUAUUUAGGGGGAAAUAUAAAAAAUGAUUGUUUCUCUUACCACUACAAAAUUAGUGUUGGUUCGGUUUCACUUUGUAGAUAAAUAUUUGUGCAGUUUAAUCAUUUAAACCUCCUCUGAAAUUUCCCGAGGCUUUUUGUCGAGUUCCCGAUUGAAUUUUAGAAUGAUUGGCUGCUCUCACUUGAAAUGUUUCCAAGGACAUACAAUGUAAGGCACAUCGGUAUUUUGUUUUCACUUUAUAAUAAAUUUGGCCAGGUUUCGAAAAAAUAGCGUUGUUUUCUUUUCCUUUCUCCUUCGCUCUAGGCUUGUAAUUCUUUUUUAUUCUUAUUUUUCCAUUUGCUGGUUAGAUUUUUUCACCAACAUCAGAUUUUCCAACAGAAGCGACUAUAUACUAUUUGUAUCAAGCUUUCCUCAUCUCCUCAUGUAAUCUGAUUCUUUUGCUUGUUUCACAUGGAAAAAUUUUCUUUGCUUAAACUGUUGUUUUACAAGCUUCUCUUCAUUAAAACUUUGCAUUAAUGGCCCCCCAAAGUAAUACAAUGCAUCAAGUUUUCAUUUUCCCCGACUGCCGGGGCCAGAUUUAGGUGAAUAAACAAUAAAAGCUUACCACAUUCAAGUUCAGUCUUCGCUUGCCGCUAAGGAAAGAACACAUGUGCGCCAAGUAUAGUUUACCGCCUUUUGAUUAGCUGAAACUGUCACACCACUUGGUCUCAGGGGAAUCUACAUUACAUGAGGUUACACUUUUUGAAACUCGAUCGAGAAUUUUUCUGCCUACAGCCGAGUCUUGCGCGGCUCUAUUGUGCUGCCGCCUCGCCAUCUGAGCGUGGCUCGUUGGCAAUUAUAGGGCACGAUCCAUUCAACCGAAAUUUCUGGAAAUUUUGGUCCAAAACUCAGUGGAUCCAUUGGGUCCAGCUGGAAAAGUUUCGAAAAAACUGGUCCACCUUUUGAGGUCCACCACUUUUGCCAGUCGGACCGGUCAGAAUUUUGGUUGCAUGAAUUGUGCCCGUAAUGUGGGCAUGGCUCAAGCAAUAAAUAUGCAAAGUCAUCAGAUACAGGCUGCCAAAUUUCUCUUUUCUGACAAAGCAGUCUUGUGAUGAAAUGCAGUGGACAUGCAAAAAUGCUAUAAUUGGCAACCUUUGCAAAUCUUCGGGAAUGUUUGUAAGUCAUCAGAACAUCUUUUGGACCGUUCCAAAUUCAUUGGAUUUUUCUGGUAGUUUGGAAAGUGUAGUUAAAAAAAUCACAUGCACUUGACUCAGGAGAAGUUGGUAGGUUUAGUAUGUGUGUGCGGUAGCCUUCUGAGUCUCGUUUUGAUAGUAAUAAUCCUGGACUUUUGGCAAAGUGAAUGGUCAGCCCUUCCUCAGAGACAGGUUUCAACAAAUCGGGUCAUUGUUGUUUAAAUGUAAGAUAGAGCUAUCCACCUGAUAAAUCACUAUCCAAUGGAUAAGUAUUAGGGAAACUAUUGCAAUAUCCAUUGGAGUUUAGUUAUAAAUUUGUCAUACAGAAAAAUGCUCCACAAAUCCCAAUUAUAAAGCUUCUUUCCCCCUAGAUUAGCCUGUUGCUGCUUUUUGCAGUUAGGGUUGUAUGUGUAAUUUUAUGUAUCUAAGUUUCUUUUUAUUUUGUGACACAGAAUUAAACAAUUGAAUUAAGUACAGUCAAACCUCAUUACUACGGACACUUAGCCUCCCACACUGAGGUUCUCAGGGGUUCGUCAACAGUCCUGCCCCACGAACGUCUGCUGAAUCGAGUGGCUAGAUUCCUUUUCCUUUGUUCGUGUUCGCAAAUAUCAGUUGGAGCUUAGUGUAGAUUAUCGGAUAACCAAUCGGUACUGAAGUGAGAGUGUUGAAAAGCCAAACACAUAUGUACAAGCUUGGUAGGGUGUGGUAUGUGACCAAAGAGUUUUCAUUUGGACAAAAUUUUAGGAGAUAAGCAUUUGCGUUUUGUAUAUUUCUCUGGAUUAGAUGUCAUUUGCUCAUAAAGGUUGUUCUGUGGGUGAGGCAAUGGGGGAAGUUGUAACUGAUCAAAAGGCAGAAUUUUUUUCGGACUUUAUUGUUUUGUAGUAAAGCCGACUUCCGUUCAGCAAAUUAAACCUCCAAGGUAAUUUUUUCAAUGAGAUUGUUGAGGGCAGUUUCUAGUGUGAAGGCGUGUGAGUUAACAAAAUCUUGGUUGGACAUAGCCAAAAAAGGUUGAACUUUAUAUCGGAUAAAAUAGAGUACAUACCACGCUAAUGUACAAGAAAACUUCAUUCCCCAAGUCAGUGUUGUUACGUGAAUUUGAGAUUGCCCUAAGACAAAGUAAGAUUUACUCAAGUAGUCUGAAGGCAGAUUUUUAUUCAUCCUUUCUGUAAAAUCAUUUACGAGAAAAAUAUUCUCCGGACAUAAUGUCCGAACACAGGUGGGAUUUCAUUGAAAACUAGCAAAUUUAUUUUAAGUAAUAGUUAUUAAAAUUAAUUUCUCCCUCUAACAUACAGUUUCAGAUCCCAAAGUACCGCAAAAUGCUCUUAGGGCCAGCUUUCUCUCAACAUUUUCCACAACAGCAGAACAGGUAAGAUCUAGACCAUUGUUGUGCUUACAGUUUCUAUGGAAACUGUAACACUAUGCAGUCAUGCUGUGUCCGUAAUGUCCAUAGGUAAGAAAAGUAAUAAUUCUGAAGGCCAGAUACAGAAUACUGUGUGACUCAGUUUGCAAACAAGGAGAGUCUAUAACACUCCAGUCAUUGCUUGUCAUUUUAUCAAAGUUAUAUAUUUUUUCUAGUCAAAAGAAAUUUUGAUUAGAAAUUUUGGGGUGUUUGUCGUUUUCUACAGCAAGCUUGAACUACAGCACAACAUUGCAUGGAAAAUUGGUAAAAUGUCAGAGAGGCCCUUUAGAGCAAAGUUUCUCAACUAUCUUUGUCACUGAUUGCAGAACUACGUGUUAAAUGCAUCUAUCAUAAAUAAGAUAAAAAUAGUACAGUGAACAUGUGUGUUUGAUGAAGGUCAAAGCUGUAAAGACAGUCCCGUUAACUGUUUGCGUAUAAUUGCAGACUUCUUUACAAUUUCAUUUCUCCAUUCCAGGCAAGCAAGCUGGGAUUAUCCAAAAACAAAAGCAUUGUGUGUUUCUUUGCUUCUUAUCAGGUAAGUUAAACUUAUAAGGGGCAAAAUAAGAGCAACUUCAUUUUUGUUAUAUGUAGAGAGAUGGAUUACUGGCUUUCAAAAUGUAGUUGUGGUUUAGUUUCUAUUAAAGAGAUUAAGAGUCACAUUUACAACAAACGGCAAACAUCAGGUUCAAGUUGAGAAUUUCUCAGAGGAGAAAAUAAUCAGAGAAAAACUGUCCAUAACAAUUCUUAAGAAUAAACUGGCGUGAAACCACAUAUUUUUGAGAAGGAGUAAUAAUCAGUAAAGGAGAAUUAAGGAGAAAACUUGGUCACAUGAUAGAAAUUCACGUCUGUCCUUUGGUGUAAAUGUGACUUUUAAUCUCUCCGUUGCCUUAAAUUGGGGGAUAGCAUUGUUUGAUCGAUGAGUUGGAAACAAAGGAAAAUAAAAUGUAAAUCAAAGGUAACAUUAAACCUCAACUAAUAGGUGUACAUUAUUUCAUUUUCAUUUACUGUCUCUCCAGUAUUAUUUCUCUUUAUGGAACUAUUGUUGGUUUGUUUGCAGGUGGUUCAUUUUAGUUUUCCACCUCUUGUUGUCAGUAUAAUUGCAACCAGCCAGGCAAAUACAGGUCAGUUCAACUUUGUUUUUUAAUUAGAAAUUUCACUCAAAGGUAUGAACUUUGACAAAAUAAUAUGGAAAAGACGACGCCUUUUCCCUUUGAAAAAAGGGGAUGAUGGUAGGCAAACACCAUAAUGUGUCAUUUUGCCAACCUUGAUUUAGUGAUUGGGUGGGGCAGGGAGUGCUGCUCAUAAUUGUGCUCUUUGUUGCGGUCAACUCAAUACAAGUAUCCGUCUAUUAAAGUAUUGAAGAAAAUUACCACCUCUAGGGGUCCAUUCAAGAGAAAUGUUAACCUUAUAAAGUCAGUAGAUUGGAAAAAGUAGCAUGACAGCAAUAGAAGUAAGAUUGAAAGCAGCCCCAUCUUUAGAUUUAGCACAGUCUUUUCCAGACUUUUCUAUUUGACAAAAUAGAAAAGGUCUUUAUAAGAAGCUGGCCAGCAUUGUAAUAUCCCAAAUUUCGCCACUGCAAAAAGUUGCUGAUGAGUAUUAUUUUAGGGGCUGUAAUGUGCAGUGAAAAAAAUUGAAAACUGACAAAAGCUUGCAACCAUAACGUUGUUGUUGUUGUUUGUUUGUUUGUUUGUUUGUUUUAGGUCUCCUGCUGGGACUAGAAAGCGACUUUGAACAAACAAUAAGAGCAGUAAAAAGUGUUGUGGAUGGAGUAUAGGACACAAAUUGUAACAAAUUAAAAUUAGUUAAUGAUAGAAUUUAGAAAUACAAUUUAUUACUUUUUACAACAAGCUUCUCAGGUCAAGAUUUCUUUUGAGGUAAGCUGUCAACAAUCAGUGAAAAAAAAUUGCUUCGGUCAUUUAAGGCACGUCAACAACUUUAUUAUUGAAGGCGCGUAAAGUCAAAGAAAGUUGGGCUAGACCACUUCAUAUAAAUUCCAACUUGUUCUUCUCGAAGACUGUAUGUUUUGUAUGAACAGAGAACAAAAGGUUUUUCAAUAAAAUCAACUAUUGAGAUAUCCC